AAUAGAUAUCGCGAUAACUUCAUUUUAUAAAGGUAGUUAGUGUGAUAUAAUCAAUAUUUCCAACAUGAUGUGGAAAGCAGCAACGGACGUCGCUCCCCCAGCGAUGCCUGAGGCAGAUGACUGGGAGACGGAUCCUGACUUUGUUAAUGAUGUCACAGAACAUGAACAACGAUGGGGACCGGGGGGACGGAAUGUGGAAGCUAUCGAUAUGGCGAAGCUAAGAGAAGAAGUACUGGAAGCUGACUCCCAAAUAAAGAAGAAGCAGUAUGAGGCUGGACCCAAACCCUCCUUCGGUUACGGAGGUAAAUUCGGCGUACAAGAGGAUCGCAUGGACAAAUCCGCGGUCGGACACGACUAUGUCGGCAAGACUGAGAAACACGUAUCGCAGAAGGAUUAUGCCCAAGGUUUUGGCGGUAAGUACGGCGUGCAAGCGGAUCGUAUGGACAAGUCGGCAGUGGGCCACGAUUACGUCGCGAAGGUGGAGAAGCACGUCUCGCAGACUGACUACGCGCAGGGCUUCGGCGGGAAGUAUGGCGUACAGACAGACCGCGUUGAUAAGAGUGCAGCCGGCUGGGAACACAAAGAACAGAUAGAGAAACACUCCUCCCAAAAGGACUACUCGCACGGUUUCGGAGGGAAAUUCGGAGUGCAAGCUGAUAGAAAGGACGCGUCCGCCGUCGGCUGGGACCAUAGGGAGGACUCGCAGCAUCAUCAGUCUCAGAAAGAUUACGCGAUCGGUUUCGGAGGUAAGUUCGGCGUGCAGACGGAUAGACAGGACGCGUCCGCCGUCGGCUGGGACCACCAGGAGAAGACGCAGGCACACGCUAGUCAAGUCGACCAUAAGAAGGGUUUCGGUGGUAAGUUUGGAGUGGAAACUGACAGAGUGGACAAGUCAGCCCACCGGUUUGAUGAAGUGGAGAAAGUUGGUACCAAUUAUACCAAACAGAAGCCGGAUAUAGGCGGCGCCAAGCCAUCGUCGCUGAGGGCCAAGUUUGAAAAUAUGGCCAAGGAGAAGGAACAAGAAGCUCUACAGUCUGUGCAGCGGAUAAGACAGCAAAGAGAGGCCAUGGAUAAAGACUUAUCACAAAAGGAAAAAGUUCGUGUAGACAAAGAGAAGGCAGAUGAACCCGAGCCGGACACAGAACCCGCGCCCCCCGCCAAGGUACCCGGCAAGCUGGCCAACAGACAACCUGUACUACCUACAGCCGCGGCCGAGCCUGUCUCACCCGCCUCACCCACUGUGCAGAAGGCAAUGCCCGAGGCCCCAGCUAGUGUAGCUGCGCCUACGUCGGCGGAAGUGACGUCACCUACAGACAACCAACCAAACUUGCCGGAUGUGACGCUUGUAGGUGAAGCUAAAGAGGAUAAGGAAGAGAUAAGUCGUCAGCCAACAAUAGUGGUGUCGCCAGUAGGGUGGGAGAGUGAGAUGGCGGGAGAGGGAGAGCUGGAGGCUGAGGAUGAGGACGGGUACACGGCGCGAGCUCUGUAUGACUACCAGGCCGCCGCGCCCGACGAGAUCUCCUUCGACCCUGAUGAUAUUAUUACCAAUAUUGUUAUGAUUGACGAAGGCUGGUGGCAAGGACUUUGCAAGGGUGCGUACGGCCUGUUCCCAGCGAACUACGUACAGCUACAAGACAAGUGAGACAUUCCCGCUUUACAUUAGAAUCAGUAUAAUAGACUAACUAUCCGUUGUUCAUAAACAAUUUAUAAUAUUAAGGGCAGAUUUUCCAAUAGCCAGAUAAUUGUUAUCUGAGAAUUAAAACUGGUUACUUUAGUUUAGCUACGUCAAAAAUAAAAUAAUUUGACAUUUUAAUACAGUAAAAAAUUGAAAAAUAACUGUACUUUUAUUCAUCGAUUGAUCGAUACACAAACUUUUAGGUAUAUUUUAACUAAUUUUAAAGAAAUAAGUAAACUAUUUGACGCAAAAAUUCUAUGACGUCAUAACCCAGUAUUUCAUUCAAAUUUCAUUUGGAUAAAAGUAUUGAAUUUGACUAGUUGGAAACUACCGUAUUGUUGCUGUCACUGUCUUAUACAAACAUUCUGACGCGACAGCAUCAUAAUAUUUAUAGCAUAAUUAUUCUCCAGGUAACUUUUGUCUAACCAUUGAAAAAUCAACCCUUAAUUCCAUCU